AUGAAUGAAUACAGAAUAGAGUUCAAUUUAGAAUAUCAUGCAAGUAUUAAUAAUCUUGAUUCAUUUUUCGUUCAUUAUGAUCACAAUACCAUCCAUUUUCAUGAAAAAGAAGAAAAUGGAAGAACAUCUCUUCAUUUUGCAGCUGAUCUCAAUAUAGUAAUGGCUGAAGAUCUUCUUGCACAUGGUGCAAAAAUUAAUUCAAAAGAUAUAAAAGGAAUGAAAGCUCUUCAUUGUGCAGUUUCUCAUAAUCAACCGUUGAACUUCUUUUAUUGCAAGGUGCAGAAAUCAAUGAAAAAGAUCAAUGGGAAAACACAGAUCUUCUUUAUGCCGAACUUCUUUUUUCACUUAAGAUAG